AGCCAUUACUUUCCUUGGCUUGCUUAUAGGAAUCUCUUACAUUUGGUGUUCGCUGGUGGUGGAACCGCACUUGGAUUCUUUUAUUUCUCUCUUCUUCUCCCCCCCCUUCCUCUCUCUCUCUCUGUCCUCUCCUCCUCCCUCUUUCUCCUCUCUCUCGCUCCCUCCCCCUUUAUUCCAUUGGGGAAGCCGGAUUUGUGGCCGUGCUGGGGAGGGGGGGGGAGAGAGGGAGAGCGAGAGAGCGAGCAAGAGCCAUGGAUGGCCCGACACGAUGCAACGGGCUUCGGAGAAAGAGGAGAUCCAGAUCGCAGAGAGAUCGGGAGAGGCGAUCCAAAGGCGGAUUAGGAGGGGCCGCCGCCGGUGGGGCCAGCAGGACCAGGGCUGCUUCGGUCCUCUCUUCCUCAGGCUCGGAGAAGGAAGACAAUGGGAAUCCACCAUCGUCCCGACCCAGACCCCCCAGGAGGAAGAGGCGAGAGCCCUCCUCGGCAGAAGAAGACAUUAUCGAUGGCUUUGCAAUGUGCAGCUUUGUCACUUUUGAAGCUUUGGAGAAGGACGUAGCACUGAAGCCUCAGGAACGUGUGGAAAAGCAUCAGAAUCCUUUGGCCAAGAAGAAACGGGAAGCACUUACCAAUGGGCUGUCGUACCAUCCAAAAAAGCACAGACUUAACCAUCACCAGUACAGCUCAGACCGGGAAAAUGACCGCAAUCUUUGCCAACACCUUGGGAAAAGGAAGAAAUUACUGAAGGGACUCAGACAGCUCAAGCCAGGUCAGAACAGUUGCCGAGACAGUGACAGUGAAAGUGCAAGUGGAGAAUCGAAAGGAUUCCAUCGGAGCAACUCUCGGGAAAGACUCAGUGACAGCUCAGCUCCUUCCAGCUUGGGAACAGGCUACUUUUGUGACAGUGACAGUGAUCAAGAAGAGAAGGCAUCUGAUGCCAGCUCUGAAAAACUAUUCAACACUGUUACAAAUAAAGGUAAAGAAUUAGGUGUCAGUACGCUAGCUGAAAAUGACAACCAAGAUGCUAGGGGGCCGGCUGUCCCGAAAAUAUCAGGCUUAGAGAGGAGUCAAGAGAAGAGCCAGGACAGCAACAAAGAACCAAUACUCGAGCCUGUGGUGCCUAAAGACGCUUGUCCUCAGGUUUCUCAGCCUUUGGCCCAACAUCUUUUGGAGCCACAGCCUGAAGCGCCUUCCCCAAGCCCUGUACUGGUUCAGUGUACGGAGGCUCCUGCCCAGCCUCCACAGUCUCAAGCCUCACAGCCGCUGCAAGGCCCAGAAGAAGCCCAGCGUCCGCCUGCGCCUCAGCCUCAAGUACAACGUCCGCCCAGGCCACAGUCCCCUCUGCAGUCUGUCCAUCAAAACCUGCCGCUGGUGCAGCCUCACCCUUCCUCACAGAGUCUCUCUCAGCCUUUGUCAGCGUAUAACAGCAGCAGCUUAAGCCUCAACAGUUUAAGCAGCAGCAGAAGCAGUACUCCAGCCAAGACUCAGGCCCCUCCCCCACACAUAUCCCACCACCCUUCCGCUUCACCGUUUCCCCUCUCUUUACCCAGCCACAGUCCAUUGCACACCUUCACGCCCACCCUCCAACCUCCUGCUCACCCGCAUCACCCCAAUAUGUUUGCCCCUCCUACGGCUUUGCCUCCUCCACCUCCAUUGACUUCAGGGACACUGCAGGUUGCAGGACAUCCAGCUGGUAGUACUUACUCAGAGCAAGAUCUUCUUCGUCAGGAACUCAACACACGAUUUUUGGCCUCCCAGAGUGCAGAUCGUGGGGCCUCUCUGGGGCCACCGCCCUACCUGAGGACCGAGUUCCACCAGCAUCAGCACCAGCACCAGCACACACACCAACAUACACACCAGCAUACCUUCACGCCUUUCCCCCACGCCAUCCCGCCCACUGCCAUCAUGCCAACGCCAGCACCGCCCAUGGUGCGUACCCCAGGCAGAAAUUUUGACAAAUACCCUACAAAAGUUGACCCCUUCUACCGUCACAGUCUGUUUCACUCCUAUCCUCCAGCUGUAUCAGGUAUUCCUCCCAUGAUUCCUCCCACUGGUCCUUUUGGCUCACUGCAAGGAGCAUUUCAACCUAAGACUUCCAAUCCUAUUGAUGUCGCAGCCAGACCAGGAACUGUCCCACAUACCCUCCUGCAGAAAGACCCCAGGUGUGAAAAUCCCUCUUUUAAGUCAAAGCUGAUCCGUUGCAGAGAAACCAUCGACAACCGGUCAAUGCCAUUGACAGAUCCGUUCAGGCCCAUGUUGAGGAAACCUGGAAAGUGGUGUGCUAUGCACGUUCAUAUCGCCUGGCAGAUAUACCAUCACCAACAAAAAGUCAAGAAACAGAUGCAGUCUGAUCCACACAAGCUGGACUUUGGCCUGAAACCUGAGUUUCUGAGCCGGCCACCAGGUCCCAGCCUCUUCGGAGCCAUCCACCACCCCCAUGACUUGGCCCGCCCCUCAACUCUCUUCUCUGCAGCCGGUGCUGCGCAUCCAGCUGGCACCCCUUUUGGCCCUCCACCCCAUCAUAGCAACUUUCUCAACCCAGCCGCUCACUUAGAGCCUUUUAAUAGACCAACUACGUUCACCGGUCUCGCUGCAGUGGGUGGUAAUGCCUUCGGGGGACUUGGGAACCCGACAGUUACACCCAACUCAAUGUUCGGCCACAAGGAUGGCCCCAGUAUGCAGAACUUUAGCAACCCUCACGAACCCUGGAACCGACUGCACCGAACUCCUCCUUCGUUCCCGACCCCUCCGCCCUGGCUGAAGCCAGGAGAGCUGGAGCGCAGUUCAUCUGCUGCAGCUCAUGACAGAGAUAGAGAUGUAGAUAAACGAGACUCAUCUGUUAGUAAAGAUGACAAAGAAAGGGAGAGUAUUGAGAAAAGACACUCCAGUCAUCCUUCGCCAGCACCCAUCCAUUCAGUGAACUCCCUCGGACAUAACCGCAGCUCAGCUGAGCAGAUCAGGAGCCAUCUCAAUCCUGAGAUUCGAGAGAAAGAGAAACCCAAAGAACGAGAGAGGGAUCACUCUGAAUCUCGAAAGGACAUGAAUGUUGAAGAACACAAGGUGAAGGACAACUACUCUUCAGAGAAAGAAGGCUUGGGCCAUGAAAGCAGGGCAGUGGAAGAGUCUAAGCAAAUGUCCAGGGUACCUUCACCCUUCGCUAGGCCCCCUGUUGUGGAGAGCACCAGGCCCAAUAGUACUUCCAACCGUGAGGCUGAGAGAAAGAGUGAGCCUGCAUACGAUAAUCAGAAGAAAAGUAGUGAAGUCAAAGUGAAGGAGGAACGGAAGGAAGACCAUGAUGUUCCACCUGAGGGACCUCAGACUCAUAGGUCAUCUGACCAGCCACCACCAAUAUCUACAUCCAACGUCCAUCCAGGUCCCUUAGUGUCUAUGCCUAUGACUGUAGGUGUAACUGGUAUACACCCCAUGAACAGCAUCAGUGGCCUGGACAGGACUCGCAUGAUGACACCUUUUAUGGGAAUAAGCCCAAUCCCAGGUGGAGAACGUUUUCCCUACCCGUCUUUCCACUGGGAUCCGAUGAGGGAUCCUUUGAGAGAUCCUUACAGAGAGCUUGAUAUUCAUCGGAGAGACCCUCUGGGCAGAGACUUUUUGCUAAGAAAUGAUCCCCUUCAUCGUCUUUCCACACCAAGAUUAUAUGAAGCUGAUAGGUCGUUCAGGGACAGGGAACCUCAUGACUACAAUCACCACCACCACCACCACCACCAUUCUCUGUCCAUGGAUCCUCGACGUGAGCAUGAGAGGGGCAACCACUUGGAUGAGAGGGAACGGUUGCACAUGCUCAGAGAGGACUAUGAACACGCACGCCUGCACUCAGUUCACCCUGCCGCCUUGGAUGGUCACCUGCCUCACCCGAGUUUAAUCACCCCUGGACUUCCCAGCAUGCACUAUCCCAGAGUCAGUCCCCCAACAGGACACCAGAAUGGCAUUCUGAAUAAAACUCCUCCCACAGCAGCUCUCAGCGCCCCUCCUCCUCUUAUUUCCACUCUGGGACCUCGGCCUGGAUCUCCCAGAAGGACUACUCCUCUGUCGACAGAGAUGAGAGAGAGGCCGCCUUCUCACACCCUUAAGGACAUUGAAGCUCGGUAAAGAGAAUUAGAAAUAAGGAGAUACUGAACAUGAUAUAAAGACCUUCUUGCUAGUCAUUGACACAGACUGUGGAUGUGAUCCCACUGUACAAAAUGUAUAGACCCAAGCGCAAAGAUUUUGAAAUGGGUUUUUUGUAUAUGCUAUGUUGAAAUUUUCCAGAUCUUUUAGCCAAGUCCAUAUGUUCCUUAUGUCUCCUACUCUAUUUUAUUUCUAGUUUAAAAUUUUCAAAAUUUGAACUGAAGAACAAGACAUCAAUCAUCAUAAUUUGGUUAAAAACAAACCAACAACAACAACCGUACAAAGUUCUUUCAGACCAGAAGUGAAGACAAUUGUAGAUAUCUAUGUAAAAAGAUUGCUUCAUGGGUUAAUGGUUCAUAUAUGCAAAAAGGGUAAGAUGAAAGCUUUACUUUGUACAAAUGUAAAUAGAUAAAAUUAAGUAACAUAAAACAUUAAUACUUCUUAAACUGUGCUAUUUGCAAACUUAAUAUUGAUCAACACAGUUUGCUUAGACUGUGUGACAUAUAUUGUUAUAGACAGCUAAACCCCUUCAACUAUGCAAUGAAUUUUAAGGCUUUUCACAAAAGCCUGUAUAACUCAAAGGAGCCUUUUCAACACACAACUUACUUAAAGUCAUAUUUUCCCUGAACAAGCUCAUGUAUUACAUAAAUCUGUUUUCCUUGCUUGUUUUGAUGACGAAACGACCCAUUAGAAGUGUAGUUUUCCAUAUGAACCCUGGCAUCAAGUUGCUAAUGUUACCAUAGUACAUGUCAUUUCUGAGGUCUUGUUCAGGUUAGCAAAAUAUAAUCACUGACAACAUAGUGUCUAAUAUGAUGUAUGGUUUUUCAGUCCUAUUAACCUGGAUUAAACAGAGUAACAAUCAAAUGUGAGAUACUUCCCGGAACUUUUGUCACUUAACAUGUCAAGUUUAUUUUUGGAAGAACAUCUGGUUAUAGCAAUUUGAGUCUGUUGUUAUGAUCAGUGUGUCAUUUUUAUCUGUACACACACUUUUUGGGGGGUGGGGUGUUAAGGGAAUUUAGCUACACUGAAACAAAUCCUACAAGAAAUCUAAUACUUUCCUAAAAUGAUGGAUGUGUUUUCACUGCGGAUCAGAAGUUUAGUCUAAACUCCAAUGCAGAUUUCAUAAUGCAAUUUAUUGUGUUUCAGUUGGUAAUAAAGUCUGUGAAUAGCUAAUAGGUCAGCUUUGUUUUUCCCUGAUCACAGGAGAAAUGGCCCUUUUCAAAAAAAUGCAUCAAUCUUCUGAAAUUUCUGUCUUUUCAUAACACACUAUUUUAUAAUGCAUUACAUUUCUUGUCUAAAUAUUUGGAGAGAAUAUGACUUUAUCAGAAAGAAUACAAUAUCUUGUCUACUGGACUGUAAAAUAUAUGUAUGAAAUAAAAUUAGUUCCAUUGGU